ACCUAGUCGCAACGUUGAACGUCCAAAGAUGAUGAUCGGAGAGACCACCCGUCGCAAUACCACCGUCCAAAUACCACAGUGGGAUCCCUUUGAUGAUCCGACGGUCGCCAUUACCUCCCCGUUCUCCGUCGCUGAUAUUGACGGCAAUGCCAAUGGCGGUGUUCCUGAUUAUCCUCAAUCUCCUCUCCUCGACUCGCUAACGGCGCUGCACCGUUACCUGCCGUCGAACGAGUUUGUUGACUCGGACCCUCUGAGUGACGAAUCUGAUUUCCCCGUUGAUGCGUUUUCGUGCGACCAUUUCCGUAUGUACGAGUUCAAGGUCAGGAGGUGCGCACGGGGAAGGUCGCAUGACUGGACUGAAUGCCCAUUCGCUCAUCCGGGAGAGAAGGCUCGCCGGAGGGAUCCUCGCUUGUAUCACUAUUCCGGUACGGCUUGUGCCGAGUUCCGUAAAGGCGGUUGCAAGAAAGGUGACUCGUGCGAGUUCGCUCACGGCGUCUUUGAGUGCUGGCUUCACCCGGCCCGUUACCGGACUCAGCCGUGCAAGGAUGGGAUGGGUUGUCGUAGACGUGUUUGCUUUUUCGCCCACUCACCAGAACAGCUUCGUGUUCUUCCUCAGCAGAGUCCGAGAGGAAACGGGUCCGGGUCGGGUGAUAUGGAUUUUGAGUCGCCGAUGCGGCACCAUAUUGAUUCAUACCUGAAGGCCGGAUCAUUCGUUUCAUCGCCUACUUCAAUCCUGGCGUCACCACCAGUUUCACCGCCUUCGGAUUCGCCGCCAAUGUCGCCCAACAGUCCUCAACUUACUGUUGGAUCUUUCAACUCUGUGAGUGAUCUGGUCGCAUCAAUGCGAGGAUUACAGUUGGGCAAAGCCAGGAUGGGUUUGCGCGGAUCUGGAUUGGGUUCUCCACGCAGAUCAAUGCUCCAUUCUGGUUUCUGCAGUCUGCCUUCAACUCCAACAAGGGUGGUGCCUCGUUCCGGAGCGAGUAAAUUCGAUCAGUGGGACACUUCUUGUGGAGAGGAGCCUACAAUGGAAAGGGUCGAGUCUGGGAGGGAUCUCCGGGCGAAGAUGUACGCUAAACUGAGGAAGGAAAACUCUCUGGGCCGGGUCGAAUCGGGUCAAUCGACAGCUCCGGAUGUUGGUUGGGUCUCUGAACUAGUGAAGUGAAGGAGAAGCUGAGUUCAGUCUCAUCUUCUAUUUUGAUUAUUUCUGCUGUUUUUGGCUAACGGUUAUUGAUUUCGGUGGCCUUUGACUAAUCUCUGACAUGUAAAUGUGAAGUUGAAUCUGGUAAUUCCAUUUGCCCUCUGUGAAUACAAGUCCGGUGCGGAGAGAUCUCAAGAAUCUCUAUUUUGUGGUUUUCGUUGUUUUGACUUGGAGAAGAAGAAGAAGAUCAAGAAAUUUAAGUUUUGUACAGGCAUGGAGGAUUUGUUAGGGGCUGCCGAAGCAUGGUUUGCUUCAUUUUGUCUCUGAAUCUUAUAAUUUUUUUGUUCGAAUCUCUGUUUAAUUGCCUCGGAAAAUAUCAUCCCUGUAAGUUCUAUGUUCAUGUAUAAGAACAUCCUCUGUUUAUUUCUACUCUGUGUAAUGAAUUUCAAGUUGCCCAUCUACACAUUAAAAUU